CGGCAGCAGCAGCAGCAGCGAAGAUGGUGGCAGCUCCGUGCGCCCGGCGGCUGGCGCGGCGCUCCCGCUCGGCGCUGGUGGCGGCGCUCACCGUGCUGCUCCUGCAGACCCUCCUCGUCUGGAAUUUCACCUCCCUCGACGCCGGCGAGGAGCAGCGCGGCGGCCGCGAGAAGCGAGACCGCGGCGGAGACCAGCGGGGGCAGCCGCAGCGCCGCGGACCCGCCGCCCCGCACGGCAAGGCGAUGGAUGGCUAUUUUUCCCACCGACCGAAAGAGAAAAUGCGAACAGACAGCAAUAAUGAAAAUUCAGUCCCCAAGGACUUUGAAACUAUUGAUAACAGUAACUUUGCUCCCAGGACUCAGAGGCAAAAACACCAGUCUGAGCUGGUGAAAAAACCCCUUAGCAAGCAAAAGGAGCACUUGAGAAAGAAACUGGAAGAGGAAAAGAUGAAGGAGAACUUGCUGCUGGGGAAGAACUCCAAUGAGGUGGUGCAGUUCAGUGAUCACCCUGGAAAAAACAGCAGCAGCAGCAACAACAACAACAAUCUGAAGGAGAUUGACAGGUCUCCCAAAGAGCAUCUUUUAAAAAAAAUUGAAAACAGCUCCCCUGAACUGAAAUAUGACCAACCACCAAAGUGUGAGGUGACGGGCAAAGAGGCAAUCUCAGCCAUGUCCCGCUCUAAGUCUAAGCAGUGUCGCCAGGAGAUCGCGGAUGUUUAUUGCCAGCACAAGGUCGGGAAGCUGAUGCCGGAGAAGGUGACGCGUUUCUGUGCCCUGGAGGGAAAAGCCAACAACAAUGUACAGUGGGAUGAGGACUCCGUAGAAUACAUGCCAGCCAACCCAGUCAGGAUCGCAUUUGUCUUGGUUGUUCAUGGCAGAGCUUCUCGGCAGCUCCAACGCAUGUUUAAGGCUAUUUACCAUAAAGACCAUUUUUAUUACAUUCAUGUUGACAAGCGAUCCAAUUACUUGCAUCGACAAGUGCUCCAGUUUGCCAGCCAGUACCCAAAUGUGAGAGUCACUUCUUGGAGAAUGGCAACUAUCUGGGGAGGAGCAAGUCUUCUGUCCACCUACCUGCAGACCAUGAGGGACUUAAUGGAGAUGAAUGACUGGCCAUGGGAUUUCUUCAUUAACCUCAGUGCUGCCGACUACCCAAUCAGGACAAACGAUCAGCUCGUAGCAUUCCUGUCCAGAUACCGCGAUAUGAACUUCUUGAAAUCCCACGGGAGGGACAACGCAAGAUUUAUCAGAAAACAAGGACUGGAUCGGCUUUUCCUGGAAUGCGAUACACACAUGUGGCGCCUGGGGGACCGGAAGAUCCCAGAAGGAAUCACAGUUGAUGGAGGGUCAGACUGGUUUCUCCUAAACAGGAAGUUUGUGGAGUAUGUGACUUUUUCUAAUGAUGACCUGGUAACAAAGAUGAAGAGGUUUUACUCUUACACGCUGCUUCCUGCUGAGUCCUUCUUUCACACUGUUCUGGAGAAUAGCCCGUACUGUGACUCCAUGGUGGACAACAACUUGCGCAUCACGAACUGGAAUCGUAAACUCGGUUGCAAGUGUCAAUACAAGCACAUUGUUGACUGGUGUGGCUGUUCACCUAAUGACUUCAAACCAGCAGAUUUUCACCGUUUCCAGCAGACCGCCAGGCCAACUUUCUUUGCCCGCAAGUUUGAAGCUGUAGUGAACCAAGAGAUAAUCGGCCAGCUGGACUAUUACUUGUACGGCAACUACCCGUCCGGCACGCCCGGCCUGCGGGCCUACUGGGAGAACGUGUACGACGAGCCCGACGGGGUGCACACCCUCAGCGAUGUCGCCCUCACCAUGUACCACGCGUUCUCCCGCCUGGGCCUGCGCAGAGCCGAGACCUCCCUCCACGCUGCCGGAGACAACAGCUGCCGAUACUACCCCAUGGGCCAUCCAGUUUCUGUCCACCUUUACUUCCUUGCUGACCGUUUCCAAGGCUUCCUGAUCAGACACCACGCAACCAACUUGGCUGUCAGUAAACUAGAAACUUUGGAGACGUGGGUGAUGCCCAAGAAAGUCUUCAAGGUCGCAAGUCCACCAAGCGAUUUUGGAAGGCUGCAGUUCUCAGAGAUUGGCACCGAAUGGGACGCCAAGGAAAGGCUUUUCCGAAAUUUUGGAGGACUCCUCGGGCCAACAGAUGAGCCAAUUGGCAUGCAGAAAUGGGGAAAAGGCCCCAACGUCACCGUGACUGUCAUCUGGGUGGAUCCUAUUAAUGUAAUCGCAGCAACUUAUGAUAUUCUUAUUGAAUCCAGUGCCGAGUUUACUCACUACAAACCACCUCUGAAUUUGCCCCUGCGACCCGGUGUCUGGACAAUAAAAAUCCUGCACCACUGGGUACAGGUAGCUGAAACCAAAUUCCUUGUUACUCCUCUCACCUUCUCUAAUCAGCAGCCUAUCAAACAAGAGGAAGCCAUGAAGUACCACAGCGGGCCUCCAAAGAACGCGUACAUGGAGCAGAGCUUCCAGGGCCUGAACCCCGUCCUCAACAUCCCCAUCAGCGCCGCCCGCGUGGACCAGGCCAAGAGGAACGCGGGGCUCGUGGGCGCGCGGCUGGAGGCCUGGGUGGACUCUCUAGUGGGCAGCGUCUGGUCAGCCGUGGACAUCUGCAGCGUCGGCCCCACCGCCUGCCCGGUCAUGCAGGGCUGUGCCCAGACAGCCUGGAGCUCCCUGAGCCCCGACCCCAAAUCUGAGCUGGGCCCCGUCAAACCCGACGGCCGCCUGAGGUAGCAUUGGGUGUGCCCUGCUCCGGCAUAGGCUCUUAAAAGGGAAUUUAACCUUGUUUCUGUGUGAAUCCCACACCAGAUUUCAGAAACCUAAGGGAAUGUUACAUUUUUUUUUUGUUACCUAUUGCAAUAUAUAAUUCAUUU